CGGCCUCUCUCGCACCUGCGUGUCCCUCUGCGCUCCCACUGUUGCGACUUCUCCCCGCGCUAGCGGGGAAGGGUUUUGGCCUCGCCUCUCGCGAGAUCGUCUCCUGCCGCGGCCGCCGCGGCUCCUGGACGCUGACUGGCGGCGCCUGCGCAGCCGCCAUGUUCGGUUGCUAUGCUGCGGCCUAGGAGAGGGGGUGUGCUGGAGGGAGGAGGAAGAGACAGGGGGAGGAGGGGGAGGAAGAGGAGGUGGAGAAGGAGGGGGGCGACUGAGCUCCUCUUGCACUCUCACACACAAACGCUGCCCAGGAUUGCCCGCCCGCUCACGCCGUGCAGCGCGCUUUUCCGCUCCUCGCGCCCCACCACCAACAUUGUUCUCUCAGGACUCCUGGGUCCCAGCGGCCGGAAUUGGGCCUGAGCCGGGGAGAAAGAGACUUGGCUUUGGCCGAGGGGUCGGAGGAUUGGGGCCAGGCCCCCUCCCCCCCGCACUUUUGUGGGGGGUGUGGAUUAUCUCAUCCCCGCAGGGAGGUAGGCGAGGGCGCCGGCUGCCCGCCUCCCUGCCACCUCCCUGGCGGCGCCGGCCCGCGGCUGCCCAGCAGCAUGAGGUGGUGCUGGCGGCUCCGGGUCGUGGCGCGACCGCAGCGGCGGCGGCUGCUCGGGGGGCACUGAGGUAGCCCCCCGGGGCGGCACGGCGAACGCGGUUUCCCCGGCGCGCCGGGGCCUCGAGGCUUUUUAUCUCCAGCCGAGAGGACGCGGCUGUGAUAUACGAAGACCUCGUGUGGACAGUAAUGACCUCUCGUUUCCGAUUGCCUGCUGGCAGAACCUACAAUGUACGAGCAUCAGAGUUGGCCCGAGACAGACAGCAUACAGAAGUGGUUUGCAACAUCCUCCUUCUGGAUAACACUGUACAAGCUUUCAAAGUCAAUAAACAUGAUCAGGGGCAAGUCCUGUUGGAUAUAGUUUUCAAGCAUCUUGACUUGACUGAGCAAGACUAUUUUGGUUUACAGUUGGCUGAUGAUUCCACAGAUAACCCAAGGUGGCUGGAUCCAAGCAAACCAAUAAGGAAGCAGCUAAAGAGAGGAUCUCCUUACAGUUUGAACUUUAGAGUCAAAUUUUUUGUAAGUGACCCCAACAAGUUACAAGAAGAAUAUACAAGGUACCAGUAUUUCUUGCAAAUUAAACAAGACAUUCUUACUGGAAGAUUGCCCUGUCCUUCUAAUACUGCUGCCCUUUUAGCUUCAUAUGCUGUUCAGUCUGAACUUGGAGACUACAAUCAGUCAGAGAACCUGCUAGGCUACCUCUCAGAUUAUUCUUUCAUUCCUAAUCAACCUCAAGAUUUUGAAAAAGAAAUUGCAAAGUUACAUCAGCAACACAUAGGCUUAUCUCCUGCAGAAGCAGAAUUUAGUUACCUAAACACAGCACGUACCUUAGAACUCUAUGGAGUUGAAUUCCACUAUGCAAGGGAUCAGAGUAACAAUGAAAUUAUGAUUGGAGUGAUGUCAGGAGGAAUUCUGAUUUAUAAGAACAGGGUACGAAUGAAUACAUUUCCAUGGUUGAAGAUUGUAAAAAUUUCUUUUAAGUGCAAACAGUUUUUUAUUCAACUUAGAAAAGAAUUGCAUGAAUCUAGAGAAACAUUAUUGGGAUUUAAUAUGGUGAAUUACAGAGCAUGUAAAAAUUUGUGGAAAGCAUGUGUAGAACAUCACACAUUCUUCCGUUUGGACAGACCACUUCCACCUCAAAAGAAUUUUUUUGCACAUUAUUUUACAUUAGGUUCAAAAUUCCGGUACUGUGGGAGAACUGAAGUCCAGUCAGUUCAGUAUGGCAAAGAAAAGGCAAAUAAAGACAGGGUAUUUGCAAGAUCCCCAAGUAAGCCAUUGGCACGGAAGUUAAUGGAUUGGGAAGUGGUAAGCAGAAAUUCAAUAUCUGAUGACAGGUUAGAAACACAAAGCCUUCCAUCACGAUCUCCACCUGGAACUCCUAAUCAUCGAAAUUCUGCAUUCACGCAGGAAGGAACUCGGUUACGACCAUCUUCAGUUGGUCAUUUGGUAGACCAUAUGGUUCAUACUUCCCCAAGUGAAGUGUUUGUAAAUCAGAGAUCUCCGUCGUCAACACAAGCUAAUAGCAUUGUUCUGGAAUCAUCACCAUCACAAGAGACCCCUGGAGAUGGGAAGCCUCCAGCUUUACCACCCAAACAAUCAAAGAAAAACAGUUGGAAUCAAAUUCAUUAUUCACAUUCACAACAAGAUCUAGAAGGUCAUAUUAAUGAAACAUUUGAUAUUCCGUCUUCUCCUGAAAAACCCACUCCUAAUGGUGGUAUUCCACAUGAUAAUCUUGUCCUAAUCAAAAUGAAACCUGAUGAAAAUGGAAGGUUUGGAUUCAAUGUAAAGGGAGGAUAUGAUCAGAAGAUGCCUGUGAUUGUGUCUCGAGUAGCACCAGGAACACCUGCUGACCUCUGUGUCCCUAGAUUGAAUGAAGGGGACCAAGUUGUACUGAUCAAUGGUCGGGACAUCACAGAACAUACUCAUGAUCAGGUUGUGCUGUUUAUUAAAGCUAGUUGUGAGAGACAUUCUGGGGAACUCAUGCUUCUAGUUCGACCUAAUGCUGUAUAUGAUGUAGUGGAAGAAAAGCUUGAAAAUGAACCAGAUUUCCAGUAUAUUCCUGAAAAAGCUCCACUAGAUAGUGUGCAUCAGGAUGACCAUUCCCUGCGGGAGUCAAUGAUUCAGCUAGCUGAGGGGCUUAUCACUGGAACAAUCCUGACACAAUUUGAUCAACUUUAUCGGAAAAAACCUGGAAUGACAAUGUCUUGUGCCAAAUUACCUCAGAAUAUUUCCAAAAAUAGAUACAGAGAUAUUUCUCCUUAUGAUGCCACACGGGUCAUUUUAAAAGGUAAUGAAGACUACAUCAAUGCGAACUAUAUAAAUAUGGAAAUUCCUUCUUCCAGCAUUAUAAAUCAGUACAUCGCUUGUCAAGGGCCAUUACCACACACUUGUACAGAUUUUUGGCAGAUGACUUGGGAACAAGGCUCCUCUAUGGUUGUAAUGUUGACCACACAAGUUGAACGUGGCAGAGUUAAAUGUCACCAAUAUUGGCCAGAACCCACAGGCAGUUCAUCUUAUGGAUGCUACCAAGUUACCUGCCACUCUGAAGAAGGAAACACUGCCUAUAUCUUCAGAAAGAUGACACUAUUUAACCAAGAGAAAAAUGAAAGUCGUCCACUGACUCAGAUCCAGUACAUAGCCUGGCCCGACCAUGGAGUCCCUGAUGAUUCGAGCGACUUUCUGGAUUUUGUUUGUCAUGUACGAAAGAAGAGGGCUGGCAGGGAAGAACCCGUUGUUGUCCAUUGCAGUGCUGGAAUUGGAAGAACUGGGGUUCUUAUCACUAUGGAAACAGCCAUGUGUCUCAUUGAAUGCAAUCAGCCAGUUUAUCCACUAGAUAUUGUAAGAACAAUGAGAGAUCAACGAGCCAUGAUGAUCCAAACACCUAGUCAAUACAGAUUUGUAUGUGAAGCUAUUUUGAAAGUUUAUGAAGAAGGCUUUGUUAAACCCUUAACAUCAUCAUCAAAUAAAUAAGAAAGCAAAAAGAUCUGGGAUAUGUGUUGGAAAACUGCUUUCUCUUAUGUUCACUGUGCCAUAAUACUGCUCGCAGAAAAUGGCAUUUUACAAAAAAAAAAAAAAAAAUGAAGAACUCAAAAAAACUUGGAAAACUUCAGCACUGUUGCACUUUAUGUUUUAAAAAAUGUCACUCUUUCAAAAUCUAUAACUCAUGUAUUUGAAGACUAUUUCAUGCUUUGCUCCGAACAAGUAGUAAAUAACUAAGUAUGUUCAGGGUAAUUUAUGAAAUUUUGUGGUGGUGCCAUGCAAUCCCCUUUUGGUAGAAUUGCCACAAACAAGGCUCAAAAUUCUCAUCAUCUCUGUUAUACACCUGUAUCAUGAAAGCAAAAAGAAGUAAACAUCAGGAGUCAGCUCUGGU